CACGGCCCGCACUCGACCGCGAGACGCCGAAGCGACGGUUAGCGGUACACGUUGGUCGCGCACCCGCGCAAAACAACACACUCUGCCCUUCUCCAACGUUCACCGUACGCCCUCCGCGCCGCGCCGCCGUCGCCGCCGCCACCUCGUGCGAUGUAAACACGGCCCGCGCGCGUUCGGCAGGUGGUCGCAGCUGCGUGGUAUCGCGGUGCGGUACCGUUUCCAGAGAACGCGGAAGAGUAUCUACGAGGUCUGCCUCUACGAGGGGAGGCGAGGGGGAGGAGAGGUCGUCGCGCUUCGUAAUCGUCGGCGUCCGCGUGUCGCGAUUUGGCGGUCGACAGUGAUCGUGACAGUGCAUGACAUCCGUCGUGUUCCCGGCCGAUCGAGAGUCCCGGCGCAGUGCAUCGUUCUCUUUCCCUCUCUCUCUCUCUCUCUCUCUCUCUCUCUCUCUUCGUCGGACGGUGCAGUGAUCUCCGGCCGUGGACCUGAGAGUUUGAUCAGAGUUUGAUUCGAGGAGAGGAAGUUCCCUUCCUGGACACGGACCUCUUCCUUCGCCGUCCGAGACAGCCCGGCGGCGACGGCGUCGUGGGAAAGGGAGCAACGCCGCGGAUUUAUCGAUGCAAGAUGAAUGGCGAAUCGUGCGCACCAUAGGGACGCCAGGUCGGCAUAGAAAUGGGCAACAACAGCAGCAGCUCCCAUCAAUAUUGCGCGUCCAGCGGGCCGUCACAGGAGAUUGCCGGACGCGGGUGGACGCAAUCCUUCCCCCGGGAGCUCGGGAGGCAUCACCCUCAGCAGCCGAACGGACACAAGGUCCUGCCGGAGCCGCCCAAUCAGCGGCUACGCGCCACCAAUAAUGGAAGCAUCAUUCACAACGGGGGAACCAUAAGCGGCCGCAGGCCGCCGGCCCUCACGCUUCCGCACGACCUUAAUAAGCAGGGAAUAUUUCGCAGCCGCAGCACCUCGGCGUCGAACAUCGGCGCGUCGCGCGGCCGCAGGGUCGAGCAUCAUUGCUGCUACGGAAACGGACCGAGAUGCUGCAUGGAGAACGAGAUGCAGGAGCUCAAGAGAUUCGGCAGCGAGCCCGAUUUGCGAUACUCGCCGAUGGCGCGGGAGGCGGCGCGCUGCAACGGGAAACAGCAGCAGCAGCAGCAGCAGCAUCAGCACGCGAUGGAGCAUCGGCAUUGCGGAAGCGGGCAUUAUCCUGAGCGAGAGUGCAGGGAGCGAGAGAGCCGGUACAGGAGCAAAAAGAAGUACAAGGCACCGGCGCCGCCGUUGAACGGCGUCGUGGAUGGUUCGUCCCCGGAUUCUUACAGGAAUCUUGUCCCUAGGUAUAAUGAAUCCGGCCAGAACCGACCGGGCGGUUGCCGCGGUGACGAGGAGGUCCAACCGCCACCGAGGCGAUCGCGCCUCUUCAAGACGCGAGCGGAGACGAAGAGAGCGCAAGUCAACUGGCUCUCGUCGUCGCAGGCGCAGGCCAUCGCGGAACGCUGUGAGAACGGCAGCAGGCUGAACGAGCAGAACGAACGACGGUGGCGGGGUGAGGACGGCCGCGUUGCCAACAAGGAGAACAGGCUGGUCUGGCGCGAUCAGAGCAACCAUCUCCAUCAGGACCGCUGGUGUCGGGACGAGCACAGGCGCUCGCGGAUCUUCGACGGCAAGAACACGCUGCAGAGAAGCAUGAGCAGUCCGGAGUUCCAGGCGGAAUUGAUGCAGGUGGCCAGAAAGGUGCGCAACAAGCUCAACUGCGGCGGCAGGUCCUCCGUGGAGUCGGUGAGCUUGGAGCGCAACGGCGACGCUGGCCGAUGCGCGAAAGAGUCGAAGCUUGAAGAGGCAAAGAGGCCGGAGAAACGAUCAGCGAAGAACGAGGAGAGUUGCUCUGAGGAACGCGUACUCGAGGACAGGAUCGUCGAGGAGAGGCGACUGACCGAACGUUGCAAUCGGCCUGAAAAUAAGCAUAACUCGUAUGGGGACGAGCGUAAGGGGAACGCCUGCAAUCCCGGAAGGCCUCCCAAGGACUACUUGGCGGAGAGGCAAGCGGAGGGUGUGUCGGGCGGAAAGAGACGACUCGUCGAGAAAUCGGCGAUGUACGACGAAUCCUCCGCGAUGCAGCCGAAGGAACCUCUUCGGAAAAGUGCGAAAGAUCGCCUGGACGCCGUGGGACGUUCCUCGGGGGAAAAAUUCUCGGAGAAGCACCGAAGAGAGCUCCUUGAGGACUAUCAGCGAGCGAAGAGUGUCGCCAAGAGCCGGAAGUACGAAAACCCGAUAGACUCGGGGAGAACCAGAUCGGAGAGCCCAGUGAGGCCUUACAUCAGAGUCACGGAUCCCCGCGGACAGGGUUCCGGGAGGGAAAGCACGCCCGAGCGAACGAGCGAGGCCAAAGAGAGAGAGAAGGAGAGAGAUCCCGAUCGCAGAUGGCGGAAGAGCGACGUUAGGAAUACUGAUGGCGCGCCGGACGAGAAGAGAUGGUCCUGCGAACCUGUUCCCGCGACGGCGGAGAAGAAAGACGCGAAAUCCAAAGAGAAGCUCGCGAGGAAACCAGAAGUCAAGGAAGCCGUCCGCGAGAAAAAUUGGCACGUAUUACCGUUGCCGGAAAAAUCCGCACCGAAGACCUUCUACUUCGGCAUGGACGAAGCAUUAUCGAAUGAGUCGCGGAAUUGCGUGGAUCAGCACAUGGAGCAAAUUCAAUCUAGGUUGCAGGCCAGAGAGAUUAAUGGAUCAAUCGAAUGCCACGACUACACGGAUGAUGGGAAGAACGGAAUCGAAGACAUCUCAUUGAAAUUACGGCCUACGUUACCCAAAAAACAACUGGAGAUUCCGCGAUUCUCACCAUCGGCAGCGUGGAGGUUACUAUCAGCGUUGGAAGCACCUGGGCCAACCAUGAGCACGGCGAGCGAGGAAGUUCCGGUGAUGUUCGAGGAACGUAUCGAACGUUUGUCGAGGCCGCCUCCGCCGUUGAUUGCACUUGGUCCGCGUAGCUCGCACGAUAAGUCGGGCGAUUCAGGCAUAUCUGGGGACGCCGGCGCAGCCAAUGACGACUCAUUGGACGUCAGCACUAAUACCAAUAACAAUCGACUGAAGACGCCGGCGACAAGGCCGACGUGGACGCCACAACAAGAUUUAGGUGAAGAGUCCAGUAGUGAUGCUGGAGUAGAUUCACCACCGCCGAUGCCGACCCCAGUGAAAUUUCCACCUAGGGCGCACGUGUUCUCGUUGUCACUACCGCGCGACGACAAUCGCAUGUACUUGUACAACUCGGAUCUAAAGAACAAGGAGGGCUCGACUUUCAACUCACUGCAGAAGCUGAAAAGAUCGGUAUCGGGCGCUCUCGGACUUGGGCCGUUGGAUCUGGAGAGGAAACGCACUCGCGACGUUCUCGACGAUAAUUGGCUGUUGUCGACAAGCGCUCCAACAUCGCUGCAGCAUACCCAGAUUACGGACGCUACGCGAUCCUCACCGCCCGGGUGGAAGUCUGGUUUCGAUGACGAGGACGAUGACGAGGUUCUGGUGGAGGACCUGGAAGAUCGCGGUGAUUUUCCCGUGAUCAUGAAGCCGCCAUCAUUUUCGUACUUGGCUUCCGGCGGUCAUGUAAUGUACCUGCCCGAGUCCAAUGACUCUCAAUAUCAGUCGCAAAGUUUGAACUACAGAAGUAACAUUGCAGCAGAAAGCGAGAAGAAUUCCGGCAACAGCUCCGGACCAAAGUACCGUAAAAACGGUGUGGACGAAUUUAGGAAAUCGAGCAAAGAUAUAGAAAGAACGAACAAGAAUCCCAAAGAAUCAGUUUUAAAAGAAAAAUCUUUUGCGAACGACGAAAAAGUGAAUAACAGAUUUUCUAAAUCGUGUGAGAACAUAUCUGAGAUGAAACAACGAAGUACCUCGCCUGUUAGUGCUCAGCAAAAUUUACAGGAUAAGGAGAUCGCACCGGAAAUCAAGACACCGUUAAAGAGCAAUUCGAAAGGUCGUAGAUUUACGUUCCAAAGUACUGUGCGACAGAUUGAGAGGCGCAGAUUAGCGGAGAAGCUUUCGCGGGAAGCGGAAGCCAAGGAAAGACAGAGGAAAGGCGAACUGGAGGCGAUGCGUAAAGUAGAAGAGGAAUUCCAACGAAAACGUGCCAGAGAAAAGGCGAAUAUUAGGCAGCAACUUCGCUUGUACAGCAUGGAUGAAAACAUGAGUAGCUUACCCACUGUGUGGGACAGCUCACAGUUAUCUCGCGCGGAUCCGGACGGCGCGCCAUCGUCAUCCGCGUCGUCACCUACGUCAGUUCCACCGGCGAAACUGACGACCAUACGAAAAAGCAGCGUCAGCAGUGACGAGUAUUUGCGUAAGAGAGCGUCUAGCGCGGAUUCCCGACAACAGCAACAGCAGCAGCAACAUCAACAGCAGCCACGGGAGUACAAAGAUUAUCGGCCAAAGUAUUACGAUUGGGCGCCCACCGAUUCGUCGUCGCAUCUGGAAUACAAGCAGACCACGGUACAUCCUAAAGUGGUAUGUGACAUUCCCAAGAGUUCGCCCGUCUUUGUAGAUGCGCACGUCACUAAAACGGCGAAUCUCAGCUCCACGCCCAGAUCCGACAAUUACAGGAAAGACUUUGCUCAUGGGGCCGUGGCGGCGAGAUCUUCCUUAGCGAGCAGCGACAGUGAGCUAUCGCAACCGAAUACGAGACCACAUUCCAGGCAAGCCGUCGGCAAGAGUAAGCCCCUACGGUCUAGGUCGGCUAGCCCAACGCGCAGCGAAGAAGCCGCCAGCACGGAGGAGGAGACCCCGGUGGAACCGAUCAAGCGGGAACGAAGUCCCGUGAACGGCUUCGUAUUAAACGGAGUGCAGCCUUUCGUGAGGGAGAAGAGCUAUCGACCGAUUUCUUUCAAUCCUCAACCGCCUCCGCCUAUUCCGAGUUAGAAGUCGUACACUGCGGAUCGUAAACAGUACUGUAGAUGUUAAUGAAAUCGCGCAAUGAGAAUCCAAUGUAUGUUACUCGUAUAUUUCCUGACGUGCGAGAAAUGUCGAAUCUGAAAGUUCGUUUUCCGAGUUUUCCUUCGAUCUAUCUAUAUCGAACAAAAACGAAGAUUGUUUGCGCAAGUUCGACGAUUUCGCGUACGCCAGCUCGUUAAAUGUUAAGGAUUUUUAUGAAACUUUAUAAACGGAGAUUUUAUAUCGGUUUACAAAGAGGUAAUUUAAAAAAAAAAAUACGAUUUAGAGAAUGUUCUCCGUGAAUACUUCAGAGACUAUUCUCUCUCUGCAUGCGUACAUGACGAUCGCAACGAGAUAAUCAUUGUUCGCGCGUUUUUUGUGUACGUGAAACUAAUGUCAAAUAAUACCUUUUUAUGAUGUGUAACAAGUAACACGAUCUAACUCCUAACCAAAUGUGUUCCGUACGAGACUCUCGGUACGUCCAACUACUAUUUAUGUUUUUCGUCAUAGGUACUAUUAACAAGACAGAAGCGAAAUCAAAGAUCGCAAGCUUAUCGCGUGCGCGCGGCGGCGCGUCGUUUUAUAGUCAGUUGUAAAAGCGCGUCGUCUGCCAAGCGAGGAGAAAUACCAAUAAUACCGGGUGUAUACAUUUACUCAAACAGGUUUAGGGCAGUAUCUUGUAAUUAUGUACAGAUAACAACCGCAGGCGACUGCAAAUAUUUGCUCACGUAAUGUAAUCAAACAAAAGAUAAUGUUGUUAUUGA